UUAUGUAUUUAGAGCGAUAUCAAUGUCAAAAGCAUAUAAAUAAAUAAGAAGUAAAACACUUAUUAGGUUACAUUUACACCGUCCGAAACUUUACAACAUUACGUAAUCAUUGCUGAAAGGUGAAAACGUAAACAUUCAGGAAUCGUAACCAUUUCCGAGAAUGCGCUACGUUUAUCUGUCAAAGAGGCCGUGGUUGAAGUGGACAAAGAUUUGGAGUCGUAAUUUACAAUAUUUACCAACGAUGUCUGCCAAUUCGCCACCCGGGACUAGCGAUGGAGAAGAUUCUUUAGAUGCGUCGACCGUCCCGCCAAAUCAUAUAGAAACUAUGGGCGCCCGCCUUCGGGAUUUGGAUGUAGACUCUAUCCGUAGAUACUUGGCUCAAAAACUCGGUUUCUAUGAGCCUACGGAGCCGGCAGCGCCGGUAGAAAAGGUUUUAGAUGAAGUCAACCUAGACGGCAUCGUGAAAUGGAUCAAAGGAUCGCGAUGCAAAAACAUUAUAACAUUGGCGGGAGCGGGCAUUUCUACGUCGGCUGGAAUCCCAGACUUCCGGAGUCCAGAAACGGGUCUCUACCACAACCUGCAGAAGUACAACCUCCCCGAACCGCAGGCCAUUUUUGAAAUCAACUUCUUCCGACAGAACCCCAAACCUUUCUUUCUGUUAGCCAAAGAGUUGUUUCCGGGAAGCUUCAAGCCUACUGUGUCUCACUAUUUCAUCAGGCUUUUACAUGAGAAAGGUCUUCUCCUCCGCCACUACACUCAAAACAUUGACACUCUAGAGCGCGGCGCCGGCCUCCCAGAGGAGAAGCUAGUGGAAGCCCACGGGACUUUCUACACGUCCCACUGCAUCGACUGCAGGAAGGAGUACCCUCUUGAGUUCAUUAAAGAGCAUAUAUUCUCGGACCAAAUCCCCAUCUGCACCGCCUGCCCCGGCGUAGUUAAGCCUGACAUUGUGUUCUUCGGGGAGAGCCUGCCAGACCGCUUCCAGGACUGCCUGCAGGAGGACUUCCAGCGCUGCGACAUGCUCAUCAUCAUGGGCUCGUCACUGGAGGUGCAGCCGUUCGCUUCCCUCAUCGACAUGGUCCCCGACUGGUGUCCGCGCCUGCUCGUGAACCGCGAGAAGGCGGGGCUGCGCUCGCCGCUGCUGCGGCUGUGGGGGCUGGCGGCGGGCGGCCUGCAGCUGGACGGCGACGGCGACGCCACCAGGGACGUGGCGCGGCUCGGGGACUGCGACGCCGGCUGUCGGGAGCUGGCCGUGAAGCUCGGGUGGGGGGAGGAACUCCAAGCCCUGGUAGCCUCCGAGCACGCUCGGCUAGAGCAGGCGGGCUCGCUGUCCGCGCCUUACGCCCCGCACUCCCCGCACGCCGCGCACGCCUCGCACGCCGUGCACGCGCCGCACGCUGCGCACUCCCCGCACGCCUCGCACGCCGCGCACGCCCAACACGCCCCGCACGCACCGCACGUGUCGAAGCCGGGCGUCAGUUCACCGCUAGACCCUAAACUGUGAGCGUAAAGCUAAGGUCUGAUGUAUAUCGAAUACUUUACCGCAGCCACAAUGUUCGUUUGCUCCUGAAUGUGGAUGUGUGCGUGUACAUUUUCAUAUAGUUGAAAUUCUCUGAGGUGAUUCUUUGGCCUUAAGCCUUCGUCUGUUAAACUAGAGGCAUUGUUUAUUUUAAGCGGCGCGGUUAGCUCAAUCCGUCAAGAGUGAGGAGCAACGAGCCCGUUUAAAAAGCAAUUUUGCCUGUUUUUUUGGUUUAAAAUCAUGUAACAGCUCAUUCGGAGAUGACAACACGGAUACGAUCUUGGACAAAAAAUUUUUAGCAUGUGAGGUAUUUUGCGAAGAAGCGCUGGUGGCCUAGCGGUAAGAGCGUGCGACUUUCAAUCCGGAGGUCGCGGGUUCAAACCCCGGCUCGUACCAAUGAGUUUUUCGUAACUUAUAUACGAAAUAUCAUUUGAUAUUUACCAGUCGCUUUUCGGUGAAGGAAAACAUCGUGAGGAAACCGGAUUAAUCCCAAUAAGGCCUAGUUUCCCCUCUGGGUUGAAAGGUCAGAUGGCAGUCGCUUUCGUAAAAACUAGUGCCUACGCCAAUUCUUGGGAUUAGUUGCCAAGCGGACCCCAGGCUUCCAUUAGCCGUGGCAAAAAUGCCGGGACAACGCGAGGAAGAUGAUGAUGUGAGGUAUUUUGCGAUCGCCCUAUCAAUUUUAUCGCUUUUGCGCAAAUACGCCAUCUACAAAAAUAUGAAAAAUAACUGACGCACUUCGAUUUUAAUAGCGGAUAAUGGCGUUUAAAAGCUGAAAAGCAAUUCAUUCUGUCAAUAAACAGUGCUUGCAUAGAAAAAAAAGAAGUACUGUCUAAUAAAUACUUACUUACUUACUGCUGUGGCGCGACGACCCGAAGUGGAUCUUGGCCUCCGACACCAAAGACCGCCAUGCUACUCUGUCCAAAGCCGUUUCUGUCCAGUCGACGGCGCCGAGUUCGCUGAGGUCUAAUAAAUACAAAAGUUUAAGAGUGAUCACAAAUCGUAUAAUACGUCAUAUGAAAAGAAUGACCAGGAAAUUAAAUAUUUGAGAUAUGGCAAUAUGGGAAAACUGACCCCAUAUCAACCUAUGGAAAAUAAAAUACACAAAUGCAAUGUUAAUUUGGACGUUUAUGAUCACAAUUUUCGCGUCUGUGUUAAGUAAGUUCUUGUUUAUUUUAAAUACAUUUAUUUAUUUUUUGACUUGACCAUGAUUGUAUCAAUAAAAUCAAAUUUAUUUUCGUAUUUGGUUUGCAGUGUGGUUGCGCUUUCACCAAUAUUUAGACAAAUCCCGGUAAAAAACCAAAUAGUGAUUGAUUGAGUGUUUUUAUUAAUUGAGUAAUAUCGUCACUUUGUUGAACUGAAUUUAGAAACUUUUUUACCUCGAAAUAUGCUACAAAACUAGCCAAAAAUGAAUUCAGCGCAACUUUUGUUUUAACUUAAAAUUAUUAUUUUUAGCAAGCAUUUUAUUAAUUGACCAAUUUUACGCCUUAAUACGAUGGCAUAAGGUUUAUUUAUGACCAGUUAAACGUGUCUUCAUGGACUGGUAGACUAUUAAAAGUCAAUAAAUGUAUGAUUGAUUUAUAUAAAAAAUAUUAGAAUUAAGUACUUAUUUAGUCACCUUUGCUUAGCACUAGGACGUUAUUUGGAAUAGUUUUUUGAUAUUUCUCGACAUUAAAAUCAUAAAACUUAGGAACAGUCUUACUUUAAAAAUAGGUAUACAGAUGUAGUGUAUAAUUGUUUUCUAUCCUAUUUUCUCGGAAACGUUCGUAUUUGUCAUGCUACUUCAGUCAACCUCAGUACUUUUUGUACCGAGACUGACUGAAAUAGCAACUAUAGCAAGACAUGUUCGUACGUUUCCGUGAAAAUACGAUGGAAAAUAAUUAGGCACUAAAUCUGUACAUAGUUUACUUAGCUUAGGCACACUGUUAAAUAUGUAGCUUCGUUCGCCAUGGUAUAUCAUAGUGUGUGAAAAGCCUUUCUUUCAUCUUAGCGUAUAUCCCGGUUGCAUCCCAAGCUACUGCUUUGCAAUCCAGGGAUCGCUGUGUGAUUCGCCUAUAUCAUGAUAAUAGUGCAUCGUAAUAUAACUUUAAUUUAAUCGAAAUUAAACUAUCGUUAGACAUAUUUCAAAAUAUUUAGAUCACUACGGUUUCACUCACUAUUAUUUUUAGUCGCUUUUGGCGGCAUGUUUCGGACUCUUCUGGAGUCCUUCCUCAGGCACGACUGUCCGCGGCGGCUCUACUCCGUGCACCGUAGUGAUCUAAAUAUCUUGAACUUUAAUUUAUUUUAUUUUAGGACAUUGUUUAAAUAAGCGUUGUGUCAGUUUUAAUAAUGGAUGAGAAAAUAAUUAAUUUUAUAAAAUAUUAACAUCGAAUUGGGAGUUUGUAAUAACACAUUCGCUGCCAGCGCGAGCGUAGCCGAUACGUGAAAAACCGUAUGUAGCGAAAAGCGCCUACGAACAGAACGCACCCAUAAUUAAGAGCGAGAAAGAGAUAUUGCUGUCUCGCUCUUAAUUAUAGGUGCGUCUUACACGCAACGCUUUUUAAGCUCUCGUGCGUAUGGGGCCUAACGUUCGCUAAAUUUUAUCGUAUGGGAAGUGUCAUAGUUUUAAUAUAAAAACUUCCUUGAGACACAGACAUAUUAACCUUUUCGACGCCGUGUCAAACACAAAAGCUGUCAUCCAGACGCCACGUCACCGAAGUGUCAAAACUGAAAUUUAACUUUAUGCAUAAUGCAUGUAGGUCUAUGUUGCUCUGUGGUCUGUGACCGAUUAAUC